AUGUAUUGCCAGAGCUGUCGCAUCCCUCUGGUAGAGUCAUCCCUCGACACUCUCAACCCUGCGUCUUUUGAUAUUCUCAUAGCUUCAACCGGUAAAAUACGCCAGCCGCCCUCGACCAAAACUGUCCGAUCUCCCCUAAUCCCCGAAGAUCGACCUCCGAACCGAGUAACAGCACCCUUGUAUGAACGUGAAAUUCCACAAGCCCGCGCCUGCGAUGGCCAGAUACAGUCGCCAAAUUCCAAGGAUACCGGCAUGUCAUUUGUUGUUCUUACGAACUCCCAAGUCCUCCCAACACAAACAGUUCUAGACACCAACAAUACCCUUACAACUCAACCAGCGCAAAGUAGUUUGCCAGAACAUUUAGAUCUGAAAAAAAGAGUAUAUGGAAUUGAUCAGUCCAAUCCCCACGUGGAAAAAUCUAGGCACCUAUUUGAGAUCAUCUCUGCUCGAUCCGACAUUGACCAGCCAAUUUGUAUGGAGUGUACUGAGCUUCUUGUGAGCGGCAUGCAAAAGCAGCUUUCCACGGCAACAAAGGAGCAGGAUGCAUAUAUCUCUUUCUUGAGAAAUGUGGGCGUUUCCAUUCCGUCUGAGGAUGAAACUAGGGACGCUGAGCGAUCCUUAGAAGCUGCUUUGAAGGCCGAAUCCAGUCUGAUUAAAGAGCUUCUAGCGCUGGAAGAAGAGAGUGCCGCAAUUAACAUGGAGCUCCUAGCUCUAGACGAGCAAUGCCAGCAACUCAGUCAAGAUGAAAGGCAAUUCUGGCAAAACCGAAAUGCUUUUGCACUUAGCCUAGGAGAUUUUCAAAAUGAUCGAGACAUGCUCAAUGUUAAGUAUGAUCACGACUCUCGACAACUUGAGCGAUUACAGCGCACAAAUGUCUAUAAUGAUAUGUUUUGUAUCGGCCACGAUGGUUAUUUUGGUACAAUAAACGGGCUUCGACUAGGCCGUCUUAACAACCCUCCAGUUGAGUGGCCUGAGAUUAAUUCUGCUUGGGGUCAAACUGUGUUACUUCUUACAGUCAUUGCAGACAAGUUACAAUUCCAAUUCGAAGGAUACAAACUCCAUCCAUUAGGCUCAACAUCAAGAAUAGAGAAAACGGAAGUGGACCGAAGCUCUAAUGCUCCUGCGCACAAUUCCACUGGUUCAAAAGUUCGCACGGCGUCCCAAAAAGUGGCCAUGCUGGAUCUCUUUUUCUCUGGCGAUAUUCCUCUGCAUCUUCCUUGGCUUUACCAACGUUUCAAUGCUGGGAUGGUCGCUUUUCUUGAAUGCCUACAUCAGCUUGGUGCUCAUGUUGAACGCCCCGGCCUGAUAACAAAUCAAUCUCCAUCAACAGCCACAGCACAGUGCAUGAACUGUAAUUCUCAGAAACAAUGUGGCCAUAUUCCAACCAAUCAUAUUGGUUUAAAGCUUCCAUAUGACAUCAAGAGAGAUAAAAUCGGAGAUUCAAGCAUAAAACUUGGUUUCAACCAGAACGAUGAAACAUGGACUCGUGCUUGCAAGUACACACUUACUUGCUGCAAAUUUCUGCUGGCACAUGUGAGCAACAUUUCCACGGCGAAAGUCGACAAUACCACAGCUUCAUAG